AUGUCCAACCAGGGUUACUACGGCGGCGGCGGCGGCGGCUAUCCCCAGCAGCCUACCUACGGCCAGCAGUCCGGAUAUGGCGGCCAGGAAGGCUACGGCCAGCAGCAGGGCUACGGCCAGCAGGGCAGUUAUCCGCAGCAGCACCCCGGCCAGCCGGGCGGUGCCGCCGCCGACUACGCCGCAGGCGCUUCGCAGGGCCAAUAUGCCACUGGUCCCACUGGCUCCGGCGGCCCCGGCGGGCCCGAGGGCGCUGUAGGUCCCGAUGGUGAGCGUGGCCUCGGCGCAACCCUCGUUGGAGGCGGCGGCGCCGCCUGGGCUGCUCACAAGGCGGGCGGGGGGUUCCUAGGGACUGCCGGUGCUGCCAUUGCCGGCGCCAUCGGCGCCAAUGUCCUGGAACACGCCUUCGACAAGAAGAAGAAGAAGAAGAAGCACGGCAGCCGUGGCCUUGAUGACGACUCUGAUUAA